CCUGCAGUAGUAGGAACUAGAAACUGCGAUCAUAGCUUCGACAAGCGGUUCCGUCAAUUUUGUGUGGUGUUAAUUGAGCCCAUCCUUUAAAUAUUUGUUUCUGCGUGAAAAAUAUUUUGUGUGUGCACUGAUGAAGUUCAUAUUCCACGAGGACUGGCCAAGGAUUCAGCCAUGGCUUCACAUCAGGAAAUAUUCUACCUGUCAUAUGCAAAAAUUGUUUAUGAAAACGUCCAAUUGUGACAACAAAUAUAAUGCAUGAUGAGAGAGCUGAGGAUAAUGCAAUAGCAUGUGGGCUAUUCACUUUAUUCCAUCACAUGAAGAUAGAUGUACAUUUGAUUGGUUUACCCCACAAAACAAAUGUGCUCACAAAGGCUCGUUUGCAAGACCUUGUAAAAGAAUUUGAUCACAAUGAACAACUAGAUGAAGAAGUGGAAGAUGUCUUGCUUGAAAUUGCAGAUGAUUUUGUGGAAUCAGCUGUAACAGCUGCAUGUCUGUUAGCUAAACAUAGGAAAGCUAAUACAAUUGAAGUUAAGGAUGUUCAACUCUAUUUAGAGAGAGACUGGAACAUGUGGCAGCCAGGUUUCGGUAUGGAAGAGCUUCGUCCGUACAAGCGGACGGCUGUGACAGAGGCACACAAACAGAGACUGGCACUAAUACGUAAAGCUGUAAAAAAAUAUUAAAUUUAUGUGUAGUGCACUGCUAAUUAUUUUAUUCAUAAAUGAAUGUCAUUAAUGCUUAAACUUAUAUCCUUUAAAUUUCCUGUUGUGCUGUCUAUAACUUCAUUUAUUUUUACCAUAGACGUAGCAGAAUAUUGAAAUGGUAAUGUUCUCCUCACAGUAUUUUUCAUCUUAUUCUAAGCAUCCUUGCUUCUAAAUUACAGGUACAAAUGAUUUACCCACUACAUUCUCUUAUGUUCAUUCUCAGUUAGAUCAUAGGUAUGAAGAUUUCAUACUGAUAUACUGUUUUCAUAUGUGGCAUUCUAUUUCUACCAGUGGUUGUUAGUGAUUUCAGUAUUUACUUGUUUACUGUCAUUUACAGCAGAUCAUAAGUUUUUCAAUGUGUUGCACAUACUUUUCACACUCCAACCAAAUAAUGUCAUGAGAAAAGAACUGGAUUAUUCUUCUGCAUAGUGUUCAGUUAUCAAUUUGGAAAUGCCAUUGCCCUGACUUUGGAUUUCCUCUGGUAACACCUGCUGUCCGUGUUUCAGCUUUCAUUUGUUUCAGGUCUGUUCCCAUGUGUUGCCCUUCUAUUAAAAAAUAGUUUCAAUUAGUUAAGUCGAAGUCCUGUUGUGCAGGGUUUCCGCAGUUACUUUCACUUCCAUUUAAUAAGUACCUCCAUGCUAGAACACUGCAUCCACAUGUCAAAGUGAAGUGAGUGGCAGUCAUUACCCAUUUCUCACUAACAAAGCUGCAUGGUCUCCUUUACCCUCACUUAGGCGAACACUUGUCAACUGUGACUUGGCUGGGAUGUGGCCCCUUCCAUGUGGCUAAGAAAACAUGGCAGUUAACUUUGUCACAACACAGUGUGGGGCAUAGAGGAAGAGAAUUUCCUGUUGUUCAUAAUGAUUGGUUUUUAUAGCAUAUUCAAACAUAAUCGUCAAUACUGUUUUGAAGACAGCAUGCUCCCACAUGCUUGUAUUUUGUCUUUAAUUUCUUACUGGUCAUCGUAAUAUCACUAUCCCCUCCCUCCCCCCAAACCCAUGCAGGCACAUACGCGCACGCUUACACACACACACACACACACACACACACACACACACACACACACACACAGAGAGAGAGAGAGAGAGAGAGAGAGAGAGAGAGAGAGAGAG